GUGCAGCACUGGGAUUCACCGGGUUCUUACAUUAGAUUAAAUAACGGUAAAUUAACGGACAGUCGCCGGUAUGACCACCGAGGAGACGAACGUGGACCUGAAGGAGAUGGAGACCAAAGAUGCUACGCCGAAAGAGAAGGAGGAGGCUGAGGAUUGCGCUCCGGUCGCCGCGGAUGCUGAUGCGACGGAGGCCGAUGUGAGUGAAGCGGAUCUGGACCAGGAGGAGCAGGAGAAGCUACCGAUGACCGGGGGAGAGGGAGACCGGGCCGUGGAGGCACCUUCUGCCGGGGGAGCAGAACCGGGAGCCGUGGGUGAGAAGAACGGCUCCGUGAAGCUGAAGAUCCCCGAGGACGAGCCGGAGGAGGUGAAGUUCACCGGGCUGAGUAAAGAGGAACUGAUGAGGGUGGCUGGCACUCCGGGCUGGGUGCGGACCCGCUGGGCGCUGCUGGUGGUCUUCUGGCUGGGCUGGCUGGGCAUGCUGGGUGGAGCAGUGCUCAUCGUGCUGCAGGCGCCGCGCUGCAGAGACCUUCCCGCCAUCAACUGGUGGAACGAGGGUCCGCUGUACCAGGUGGGAGACAUCCAGGCCUUCAGCGACACCCGGGACCUGAAGGGUGUGGAGCAGAAGAUCAGCAGUCUGUCUCAGCUGAAGGUCCGGGGCCUGGUGCUCGGGCCGGUCCACGUCGCUCCGGCUGACGAUGCCAUGAGUCUGAGGUUCGAAGAGGUUUCCUCUGAGACCGGGAGCCUGGAGCAGUUCAAGAGCCUCGUGCAGGCCGCGCACAAGAAGGGCAUCUCUGUGGUUCUGGAUCUGACUCCGAACUAUCAGGGAACAUCUGGACCGUGGUUCUCCAACACCAGUGUGACCAGCGUGGCCGAGAGACUCAAGUCUGCUCUGGUGUUCUGGAUGAAGGAAGGUGUGGACGGGGUGCAGCUGUCGGGGGUGGAGCGGGUCGCUGCCGUGGUGCCGACUCUGUGGGCCGACAUCCGAGCCAUCGUCCAGAACGGGACGGACGAGGGUCCCGACAAGAGGGUCCUGAUCGGCAUCACAGAGCGCUCCUCGGCUGAAGAGGUAUCUUCCCUCCUCUCCUCCUCCGGGGUGGACCUCCUUCUCUCGGGGGUCCUCCGCCCCCCCGCUGCAGACCCCUCUCAGUCCCUCCAGCUCCUCUACUCGUCCCACAGCCAGAGCCAGCUGGCCUGGAGCCUGGGGGGCCCGGCGGGGGGGCACCUGGCCUCUGUGGGGGGGGCGGCGCUGCUCAGGCUCCACCAGCUGCUGCUGCUCACGCUGCCCGGGACCCCCGUCUUCAACUACGGGGACGAGAUCGGCCUGAUGGACGAGGACACCAAGUUUCCCAGAAUGCUUUGGGACUCUGAAGAGGAGCUGAACGGGACUCUACAGGAGGAGCGAGUCGAGCGCCUGUCGCUCCGCAGAUUCUUCCGGACUCUGAGCGAGCUGCGAGUGAAGGAGCGCUCUCUGAUGUUCGGAGACUUUCUGCUGCUCUCUAACUCCUCUUCCUCCUCCUCCUCCUCCUCCUCCUCGCUGGCGUUCCUGCGUGUGUGGGAUCAGAGCGAGCGUUACGUGGCGGCCUUUAACUUCGCUGCAUCAGAGUCUGCGGUGCUGCAGCUGGUCGACGCGGCUCUUCCUCCGCAGGCGGUCGUCGUGCUGAGCACCAACAGCAGCGCUCUGCCCGGCGACAGCAGCGUGGACCUGAAGGAGCUGCGGCUCGGCCCCCAGCAGGCCGCGCUCCUCAGGUUUCCCUACACCGGGUAGACUUUAGAUCCAAUAUCUGUAGGUCCAGAAAAACAUGAGGGUUCCAGCUCCAUUCAGACGGGAGGAGCCUCACCGUGCUCACAUAUCAUUUCAUUUAUUCUUAAACCAUGAUGACACAAAAUCUCCCUUUUGAUGACUUAUUGAAAUUCAACACACACAUAUAUAAAAAUCUGAUCUCAUCAAGUGUGACUUUUAGUAUUUAUAAUUGAGUGAGUGAGGGUUUGAAUACCUUAUGUUCAACAUGUUACUGCUUAAAGAGAAUUUAGCAGACUUUGAAUGGAGACAGUUUAAAAUAAUCUGAAUCAGAAAUCCUCAAUUUUCCGUCCCUGAGAAAUGUUAAAGGGAACAGAUGAAAAGGUAGACACAGUAGGUAUAGCUAACAUAUUGAAUUAGGAGGGAAGCACACAUUAAUACAAUUCAAUACAUGGUAAGAAUUUGUUUUGAAUUAGCAGCGAGAGUAUGAAAAAAUAAAGUGAUUGAUAAUAACAAACAAUCAAAGGCUUGAAAAUCCACCGCAGUCUGAAUGGAGCUCGAAUCGAAUGAUCUGGUUAACGUGUUAGAUAAAUGUCAGCUGUUCGUUCACAUUUACUGUUAGUGUUGAAUAUAAAUCUGAUGACACACCUGCUCACUGUCUGUGUUCAUUCUGCAGAAACAAAAAUAAAAACUAAGCAAAUCAAAA